AUGACCUCGUCUGUGGCAGUAGCAAGUCGCAACCUCAGCCUCGUCGGCGUCAGUCGCAAGUCACCUCAGCCUCGUCUGCGACAGUCGCAACUGUGUGAAACUGUGAAUAUGGUGAAAGCUAGUGGAAGUAGUAGAAAAGAUUCUGCUUGGAAGUAUACAGAGGAGGUAGAAGUUGGAAAGGGGAAGAAGAAAGGAUAUGUAUAUGUGAAAUGCAAUUUUUGCAACAAAGUUCUUACCGGAGGCAUUAAAAGGGCAAAAGAUCAUCUUGCAUGCACACAUAAAAAUGUUGCUCCGUGUCCGAAGGUUCCUGAAGAUGUUAAGCAGGAGAUGAAACAAUAUUUGGAAAAAGGGACCGCGUUAAGGCAUAUGGCACAAGGAAGGUUUGAGGAGAGAGUUUCGGCUGGUUCUUACUUUGAAGACAUGAAUUCUAAUCCUACAAGUGUUAGUGGACCUAGUGGUGGUGCAUGUGUGUCAUCUCGAGGAGUUCGGGGGCCUAUGGAAAGGUACAUUGCCAAAAUUGAUGACGAUGAGGAUGUUGAUAGGGCAAAAACCACCAUGACUAGUACAAAUGCAAAACAAGCUCGGAGUCGUGUUUGUUUGGACAUCGGGAGGUUCUUCUUUGAAAAUGCAAUUCCUUUCAAUGUGGCAAGGAGUCCAUCAUUCAUCAACAUGUGUCGAUCAAUUGGUUCAUAUGGACAAGGCCUUAAACCUCCUACCAUGCAUGAAUUGAGAACAUGGAUUUUGAAGGAUGAGCUGGACACUUCCAAGAAAAUAGUUGAUAAUAUUAAGAAGACAUGGGCGCACACAGGGGUUUCAAUACUAUCUGAUGGUUGGACUGACAUUUCUGGGAGGACUUUGAUCAACUUUCUUGUGAAUAAUCCUAAUGGGACGGUGUUCUUGAGAUGUGUUGAUACUUCUGAACAUAUGAAGGAUGCAGAUUUGUUGUUUAAGUUGCUUGAUGGCAUUGUUGAGGAAGUUGGGGAAGAGUUAGUGGUUCAAGUUGUGACGGACAAUGCAAGUAACUACAAAGCAACAGAAAGAAAUUGA